AGGAGCGCUGGCCUGCAGGUCUGAUCUCGGGCAGAGGCUGAGGGCACGACUGUCAGCCAUGGGACGGCCGAGACCAGGGCUUUCCUGUCCACGGGCCGGCAUUAAGAUGCGCACGCCUCCCCUGCAGAUUAAAGGCAAGGGUGAAACUAAAGUUAAAAAUUAAACUUUUUAUUUGGACGCAGUGAGGUCGAAGGUUGUGAUAGAGGAUUUGGGGGACGAAAACUGGAAAGUUUGGGAACCGGGCACUGCGUCAAGUCAGCAGGGCGGUCGGCAAGGGAAGGCGCCCCACCCUGGGUCAGGCUGGCCCCCUCCCUACAGACGGCCCCAGUGCAGGUCCCAGGCCCCAAGGACACCCAGGCUGCUUCCCUGGCCGGGCUCUGGAGGGAGGUCUCGGCCACAGGAGCGUCUGCGGAGCCAGCUGGCCGUGGGGCUUACCUCGAGUGAAAGAAAAGACAAGCGUGCACAUGCGACUUACGGCAGAACCCUUACAGAGAAAACACGAAACAAAGCCGUCUAAGGGUGCAGGCAUCUGAGGGCAGCCUCCUGCUGACUCAUUCUCCCAGACGCCCCACCCAGUGCAGUUUGGCCUGGCGGCUGCCGCGUCAGCAAAAACUAAAGGCCGAAGCCCGGACCCUUCAGCAAGGAGAGAGCAGGCUGACCGGUGCGCGAUGGAGACCCAGCCUCCUCCCGGGAAAGUUCCAGGCCUCUGCUCCCUCCGCUACGGGCUGUCCAUCCUCCUUCACUUCUGCAACCUCGCCGUCACCGCUCAGCGCUCGUGUCUGAACCUCACGAUGGUCGUCAUGGUGAACAGCUCGCAGCCGCCCGGGGCGCCCAACUCCUCCGCGAGGCUCCGGGACAGCACGCAGGGCCCCGUGUAUGACUGGAGCCCCGACAUGCAGGGGGUCAUCUUCAGCGCCAUCUUCUACGGCCUGGUCCUCAGCCAAGUGCCCGCCGGGUACCUGUCCGGCAUCGUCUCCAUAAAGAAGCUGGUGGGCUCCACGCUGCUGCUCAGCUCAGUGCUCAGCCUGCUCACGCCCCUGGCAGCGAAGGCCGGGGAGGCCGCCAUGAUCCUGUGCCGCGCCACCCAGGGCCUGGCCCAGGGCGCGGUCCUGACGGCGCAGCACGAGCUGUGGGUCCGGUGGGCCCCGCCGCUGGAGCGGACCCGGCUCAUCUCCAUCGGCAUGUCAGGGCUGUUGCUGGGACCCUUCCUCGUGCUGCUUGUGACGGGGGUCAUCUGCGACUCGCUGGGCUGGCCCAUGGUCUUCUACGUGUUUGACCUCCAGCUCCGCCCGCCCGCUCUGACAGGUGCCUGCGGCUGUGUGCUCUGUCUUCUCUGGUGCCUUCUGUUUUACGAUCACCCGAAGGACCACCCGUGCAUGAGCGCCCUGGAGAAGCAGUACAUCGUGGGGUCCCUCGCCCAGCAGGCCGGCUCGUGUAAGCAGCCCCUGCCCAUCAGAGCCAUGCUCACGUCCCUGCCGCUCUGGGCGGUCGCUGUGGUGUCCUUUGCUUUCUUCUGGACUAUAACCCUCUUCAUCACGUACACGCCGAAGUUCGUCGAUGACAGCCUUCACGUUGACAUGAGGAAGAACGGGCUGCUGUCCGGGCUCCCCUACCUGUUCUCCUGGGUCACUGGCAUCCUCACAGGCCAGAUGGCAGAUGUCUUGCUGUCCAGGGAUAUUUUCAAGAUCCUUACCAUCCGGAAGCUCUUCACCACCCUCGGAAUCCUCCUGCCCUCGGUGUUUGGCCUGGGUCUGGUCUGUCUGAGUGCGGGCCUGUAUAGCACCGUCACGUUCCUGGUGCUGGCUAACGCCACGUCCAGUUUCUCCAUCGGCGGAAUGAUGGUUAACAUCCUGGACCUCGCUCCCAGGUACUAUGGAUUCCUUAAAGGCGUGACCACGCUGAUCGGAAUGGUGGGAGGAAUGCUCUCCUCCCUCCUGACGGGAUUCAUCCUCAGUCGGGAUCCGGAAUCUCCCUGGCUUAAAACCGUCCUGGUGAUGGCGGGCAUCAAUUUAGCGGCCGUGGCCUUCUACCUCGUAUUUGCGAAAGCAGACAUCCAAGACUGGGCUAAGGACAGACAGACGCGCCUCUGAAGGUGUGCGCCAGCAGAGCCAGCCUCAGCGGAGCCAGCCUCAGCGGGCACCUCUACGGCGUCAGCCACCAGGGGGCGCUCACUCCCCAGAUGUGUGUUCUCAUCACAGCUGUCCUGGGGCGUGAAGAGAUCCCAGCAGUUCUGAUUGGCCUUUUCCCGGUGUUCAUGUGCUCAUUGGCUAGUCUUCGGUCUGCUUUGCAUAAACGUUCACUCAGAAGCCUUACCAUCUUUAUGUAGAUUGUCCCUUUGUUGUUAAUUGGAGUUCUUACUAUAGUCUAGAUUCUAGGCUCUCAUUAGAAAUGAGAUUUGGAGGGACCAGCAGAUGGCUUAG